AUGCCAGAAUUGGACAAACCAUACUCUGAUCCGGCACGUUGGCUCUGUGUUUAUCCCAUUUAUAUCAACUCAGAGAAAACCGUUGAAAAGGGAAGAAGGAUUGCGAAGGAGAAGGUAAUUGAAUGUGUUGAAUGUUUAUUCUGAUUUUAGGCCGUAAGGAAUCCGACUGCCAAGGAAAUCUACGAUGUUCUUGUCGCAAAAGGCUUUACCUGCAGACUAGAUGUAAGUUUGAUUUUUAUUUUGAUUGUUUUCGCUUUUAGUGACGAGUGUUACGUUAUACAUGAGGGGAAGGUGGUGUAGAACAAGAUUUUGAUGUUUUCAUGAUGAAAUUCAUAUUUUAUAAGAGACUUUAGCGCUCUUUAGCUGAUCCAGGCCAUUUUUUCGGAAGCCCGGUUCAUUUUUCACAUGUCCGUUUCGAUUUCGAGUUAGAAAUUAAGAAUUUAUAUUACACUAGGUAUCAGACCGGAGAUUUGAUUAUUUUUCAGUCAAAGUUUUGCGACAAUGCAAAAUUUUGUUUUUUUCAAGUAAGAAACUGAAUUCUGUUGCUGCUGAAAAAACUCUUUGUUUAACUUGGCUUAGCAUUAAACAUCAAUAUUGCACUUGCCCUCUGUGGGAAAAUAAGAUUAAUCUUUGAUGCCAAAAGGACAGAAAAAAGAUGAGAAAGCCUUUUUUUGGUUAAGAUACGUUGAGAAUAAUGUAGCCAUGAGCAAAAUUUUUUGGCCAAUUCUGAUCUUCUUACUCUUCAGGCCAAAACAAUGCAUCCCCGCGAGCCGAGUCGUGAGCCGGCCGACGUUGGCCGAGUCAAAGUGCAGCUGAAAAACGACGACGGAUCUUUUGUGAAAGAAGAUUUCAAGAAUCGAAGGGAUAUCCUGCUUCUUUGUGCGCAGUUGAUCCCCAAUCUGACUAGUCGGAAACAACAAGGUCAAGCGCCCGCCCAACCCGGUCCAUCGGCCACGGGAAAAGGCAAAAACAAGAAGAAGAGAUAA